AACCAUGGAUUAGUACAAGUGAGCUGUUAUAUGGCUCACAAAUCAAUUCAGAAAGAAGAAAAAAAGAAAAAAAGUAAGAAAACCUCUGUGUGAACAGAGGUGAUAAGUGAUAAGCUGCAGGGAAGAAGAGGACCACCACCACAAAGGAACAAAGGUUGAUAAGAGCUGUGUUCGAGGUGGGACAAGACUUUGUCUGAACAUAGUAUCCCACUCGAUCAAACCACCAAAUAUAAUACUGUAAAUCUUUCUAUAAUACUACUUACAAUUGGUAUCUGCAAGAUCGCAUAUCCUCCCGAGUUCACAACCCUCUUUCUCAUCAAUCAUUGUUUCUAUCAGAACCAUAGGGGAUGAAUCUUUUGUAUGAGAGAUUCAGGGCCUUUGUGAGCAACAGAUGGCUGGUGUUUGUGUGUGCAAUGUGGGUGCAGUCAUGUGCAGGGAUUGGCUACCUUUUUGGGAGUAUAUCACCCGUGAUCAAAAGCGCUAUGGGUUACAAUCAGAGGCAGGUAGCUAUGCUCGGUGUGGCAAAGGAUUUGGGUGAUAGUAUUGGUUUUGUAGCUGGAGCUUUGUGUGAAGUCUUACCCAUUUGGGCCCUUCUGCUGAUUGGGGCGAUUCAGAACUUUGUUGGGUAUGGUUUGGUUUGGCUCAUAAUCAUAAACAAAUUGCCUUCUUUGCCGCUCUGGGUGCUCUGUGUUGCUGUCUUUGUGGGGACAAAUGGUGAAACCUACUUCAACACUGCAGCUCUAGUUUCUUGUGUGCAAAACUUUCCCAAAAGCCGGGGUCCUGUUGUUGGGAUACUGAAGGGAUUUGCUGGGUUGAGUGGUGCAAUUCUGACUCAGAUUUACACUAUGAUCAAUUUCCCUAAUGAAGCAUCAUUGAUUUUCAUGGUUGCAGUUGGGCCAUCUAUGGUGGUCAUUGCUCUAAUGUUCAUUAUUAGACCUGUAGGAGGUCACAAACAAGUUAGACCCUCUGAUAACUCGAGCUUCUUAUUUGUCUACAGCAUCUGCCUUAUUCUGGCUGCUUAUUUACUGGGAGUUUUGAUACUUGAGGAUUUAGUUGAUGUGAAUCAAACUUUGGUCACAGUAUUUGCUGUAGUUUUGAUAAUUCUUGUAUUACUUCCUAUUACAAUUCCCAUUCUAUUGGUUUUCUUCUUUCAACAAAGAUAUCAAGUACAAGAGAGUCUUCUUUCUGAGCCAGAUAAACAAGAAGGAGGUAAAUCUGGGCAGGAGCAGGACAGAAAUGAGGUCCUUCUGAGUGAGGUUGAAGAUGAGAAGCCUGCAGAAAUGGAGUCACUUCCAGCAUCAGAAAGACAAAAACGAAUUGCUCAUCUGCAAGCUAAAUUGUUCCAAGCAGCUGCAGAGGGAGCAGUGAGAGUCAAGCCGAAAAAGGGUCCACGUAGAGGGGAGGAUUUCACUUUGAUGCAGGCAUUAAUCAAGGCAGAUUUUCUGCUUAUGUUUUUCUCUCUUAUACUGGCUUCUGGGUCUGGUUUGACAGUAAUUGACAAUUUGGGUCAGAUUUGUCAAUCUUUGGGAUAUACUGAUACGAACAUUUUUGUUUCCAUGAUAAGCAUUUGGAACUUUCUUGGCCGUGUUGGUGGUGGCUACUUCUCCGAAGCUAUCAUUAGAAAAUUUGCCUACCCGAGACCAGUGGCCAUGGCUGUUGUUCAGGUGAUCAUGGCUGUUGGACUCUUCUAUUAUGCAAUGGGAUGGCCUGGGGAAAUUUAUGUUGUGAGCAUUUUGAUAGGACUCGGCUAUGGUGCUCAUUGGGCAAUUGUGCCUGCUGCAGCUUCGGAGUUAUUUGGAUUAAAGAGUUUCGGGGCCUUAUAUAAUUUUCUUACACUGUCUAGUACUGCUGGUUCUCUAAUAUUCUCUGGCAUUAUUGGGAGCGGUAUAUAUGACUAUUAUGCAGAGAAACAAGCUGGCAUCCAAAAGCUAAAUUCAGAAUCUGUGCUUACAAUGCCAAUUCGGGAGGAAUCACUUACUUGUAUGGGUACAAUAUGUUAUUCUCUCACUUGUGGGAUAAUGUCAGGUCUUUGUGUUAUUGCAAUGAUCUUGAGUUUGAUCGUGGUUCAUCGGACUAGGAGUGUGUAUGCUCAACUAUAUGGGAAGACUAAUGCUUGAGUUGCUAGGAUCCUACUUAUAAAGGAAGGACAAACUUUUAUUGCUACAUAAAGUAAACACAAAACAAAUCAAGAAUGGUCUUUCAUUAUCCUCGGAACCACUGCAUUUUUGUGGGAUUCGGAAGCUUUUGCUUGCAUAGCUGAUUUAUCUUCGACAAAGGUUUUCUCACAGACGUGCAGGUUAUUUCAUUAGGCCAGUAUCAUACAUCUGUAGUUCGUUGUGUUAUAGUGAAUUCAUUAUAUGCUUAAUAAUAAAAAAAAUUAAAAUAAAGAGAUGUUCUAGUGUUACUUUGGUUGUAUGCU